AUGGGUAUUCCUGGGCUCAUAAAUGCCAUUGGCCCAGGAGAGCGUAUCUCUCUAGCUAAGUUGGCAGUGACGCACCUGGAACGGACAGCAAGGCCAAUCCGCAUUGCAGUCGAUAUUUCGAUCUGGCUGUUUCAAGUCCAAGCAGGUCGAGGCGGAAGAAAUCCAGAGUUACGCACACUAUUUUAUCGAUUAUUGAAAUUGCUUGCAUUGCCAGUUCACCCGCUUUUCGUCUAUGAUGGACGGCAAAAGCCUGCUUUCAAGAGAGGCAAAGCAGUAUCAACCCGCAGUUAUGGCAGUGCACCGAUUAUCAAGCGCUCCAAGGACCUCAUCGAGCGGUUCAGAUUUCCGUGGCAUGAGGCACCCGGCGAGGCAGAAGCUGAAUGUGCACGGUUACAGCAGGCUGGCAUUGUAGACGCUGUCAUGAGCAACGAUGUCGAUACAUUGAUGUUCGGGUCGUCUUUUACUAUUAUGAAUUUUUCAAAAGAGAGUGGAAGCGGCAGCUCUUCUGCAACUCAUGUUACAUGCUAUUCAAUGGGACAGGAUGGACACCCAUCAAACAUACCGCUUGACCGACCGGGAAUGAUCCUAUUUGCUAUGCUCAGUGGAGGAGACUAUCUACCAUCUGGUGUUCCAAAAUGUGGCAGUAAGCUUGCUGCAGAGAUUUCCAAGGCUGGGUUCGGCGAGGAUCUUCUGCAGGAGCUUGCGUCGCAAACGGACGUGGAUACAGGAUUGAACGAGUGGAGAGAAAGACUCCAGUACGAACUUGAGGAGAACGAGAGCGGCUAUUUUACGAGGAAACAUCCAGCAGUGCGAAUUCCAGCCGUUUUUCCAGACCGGCAGAUUCUCGAGUACUACGCCCAGCCCAAAGUUUCCAGCGAUGAGGAAAUGACACUCCUGAGAAAUCGCCUCGCACAGGCUUGGGAUAACGAUAUCGACCCCCUGGCUAUCCGAACAUUUGCUGCAGACCACUUUGAAUGGAAUUAUCGAUCGGGGGCAAGGAAAUUAAUUAAGCUUUUGGCCGAGCCUCUUGUCUCGUAUAGACUUCGUCUCCAGAGACCAGUUCUCGGCGUGUCGCCUGGUUUUUCAUUUGUUCCGGAUUGCCCACCUGGUCUGCAAAAAGUGUAUCGAACCCGGUCAAUCUUUGGCACUGAUGCAGUGCCAGAAAUCCAACUAGAUAUGCUACCCGCAGAUGUUGUUGGGCUGGAUCUCCUCGCCGAAGAACCAAACCCACCGAGUCCAUCCCAAGCUAGUGUGCAAGAAGGCGAGGAAGAUGAUGACCCAGAGCUAGCGGCUGGAUCGCCACCUCCGACACCAUCGAAAUCUCGGGUUACAAAGCGAUUUGAUCCGUUUUCCCUCGAAAAGGUCUGGGUGUUCGAGACUGUCGCAAGAUUAGGUGUUCCUGGAGUCGUAAAAAUUUGGGAGAAGGAACAGGCCGAAAAAGCCGCGAAAGCUGCAGAAGCUGCAGCGAAGAAAAAGACCAGUACUCGACGCACAGGCCCUAAAAAAAAGGGACCAAUUGACGCUGGAAUGAAACGGGGGAGUAUCUUGAAAUACGGCACUCUCACGAAAGAAAAUUCCGAAUUAUCAACAACCAAGCAAGCGCACUUGCUGAAAGCUGCUACGUCGAGCCAGAAUCCUCUUUCCCGGCUUGUUACCGGUUCUGGGUCUUCUUCGCCAACAAUGUUGGACCAGGAAGACGACCCUUUCUCCUCUCCGAGCAUGUAUAUUCACCAGAGAUCCUCCUUGACGAGGGAAUACGUUUCUCGGGAGGUCGAUGAUAUCCUUGAUUCAUUCUCUUCAAUGUGUAACUUGUCUCCUUCCACUAAUAUCAAGCGACACCCCGUGUUGAAUCAGUCCUGCCUUAGAUCAAGGCGUACAGCUGUGGGGACCGACCGGGUUGAUAUUGAAGAAUCGGACGCACUGGAAAUAAACACCGGUUAUUCUCCGUCUCGACCAUCAAAGCGCGCGGGGCUCAAAAUCAGCUACUCGGUCUCCCACGUCUGUGAGUCUGAGAUUUUAGUGGAGGACUUUCCAGUCAGAACACUGGCAGCGCUGCCUUCUCCGUCUAAAAAGACUGUAUCUAAAUCAAAGAAGAUCCCCAAGUUGCAAUAUAAGGAAAAGGCCGAGGUUGAACACAUCGAAAAAGCCGUCGAGUGCCUUUCUCUGUCCUCGAAAAUCAACGAGGGUCAGCAUGAAAACACCGCAACUCGCUCGUUGCGUCAACCCGCAACGAAGGCACCACAAGCAACAAAAGUUCGGACUCGUUCCGAAGAUGUCAAAUCACCCCGAUCUUGCAGUCAAGCAACCCCCAAGGCCGAACUCGAGCCGGAACAUACAUUACCAUUGAGCGUUAAAACAUGCGAAAAUAAUGAGACGAACGACGUAACCAAAUCCCCCAAGAAGCCUUCAAAGGAGGCGACGAGCGCAAUUUCGAAGCACAAGGCUACGGGGCAUUUGGAAAACAUCAUAUUGCACGAUGGAUUUUGGUCAGUCGACCAAUCUCCACCUGAACAAGAUCCUGCCGAAGGCUCAACUGCCGAUAGCUUGAGCACAGCACGCAGACAGACUCAAACUUCCAAAAAGAAAAGAAUCCCACGCGUCAGCAUCCUUGACCUAGUUGAUUAA